AUGCAACCGUCUUGGCACCGGGGUUUGCAUGGGGACGUGCACGAGGAUUUGCACCAGGAUUCGAGAGCAGACAGGCACCGGGUUUUGCACAAGGAUUUGCACCGAGGAAGGCGGCGGGAGUUGCGACCGGCGUGGCAGCAGGGUUUGCACGAGGAUUUGCAUGAGGACUUGCGGGGAGAGGGCGAUCAGGAUUCGCCGCCGUCUUGGCACCGGGGUUUGCACGGCGACGCGCACGGGGAUUCGCACAAGGAUCUGCGCCCAGGCAGGCACCGGGGUUCGCACGAGGGUUUGCACGAGGGUUUGCACGAGGACUUGCGCCAUGACAGCGAUCGGGAUUUGCAGCCGUCUUGGCACCAGGGUUUGCACGAGGAUUUGCACGAGGAUUUGCACCGAGGAAGGCAGCGGGCGUUGCAGCCGGCGUGGCGGCAGGCUUCGCGGGGGGACUUGCACGAGGAUUCGCACGAGGAUUCGCCCCAGGAUUUGCACCCAGACGAGCACCGGGCUCCGCACCAGGAUUUGCACCAGGAUUUGCACCAGCGCCGAGACGGCGACCGGGCUUCGCCACCGCCUUGGCGCUGGGCUUUGCACGGGGACUCGCACGAGGCUUCGCACGAGGCUUCGCCCAGCUCACCGCUGGCGCCUGCCGCGUACGGUGACUCCCCCCCUGACCCUUAUGGGGACCAGGACCCUGACAUCUAUGGGGACCCCUAUAUGGACCUGGGGGACCCCGACACCUAUGGGGGCCCCUAUACGGGCCCGGCCCCCCCCUAUAGGGAUGGGGACCCCACCACGGGGCUGUGGGACCCUGAAACGGAGCCCUGGGACCCCGACAUCUAUGGGGACCACUAUAUGGACCCCUAUGGGGACGAGGACCCCGAAAGGGGGCCCUGGGACCCCUAUACGCCUCCGUCGGACCCCUAUGGAGACGAGGACCCGGAGCCUGGGAGCCUGCACUUGGGGACCCCCAGACUGAGCCCCAGGAGCCCUAUAGGACCUGGGACCCCCAGACUGAUCCCAGGGACCCCUAUAGACUUGGGGACCCCCAGAUUGACCCCAGGGACCCCUAUAGCACCCAGGACCCCCAAGCUGACCCCAGGGACCCCUAUAGAGCCAGGCUCCCCCCAAGUCGACUGCCCUGUGCUUUGCUGCUGGCCUUACUCACUGCCCUUUGGCAUCCGAGACCCCCACUAUUUCAUGGUCAUGACAGCCAAGGCUGAUGCUGAUUAUGGCAUCCCUGACCAGCUCUUCCUUGUUUGUCAGGACGAAAUGCAGAGCAAGAAGGACUCCUUGGGAGCCCAUUGCAGAGUCCCUGCUCCCAAUGGCCCCUUCAGCCAGCAAAAUGAGGAGCUCAAGUGA